AUGACCGGGGUGCAAUGUGACUUUGACAUGGACUUUGAACGUAUCAAACAAAAGGUUGACUCGGGUGAAGCGCCGUGGUCAACAGGUUGGGACAAGCUCAAGGCACAUGUCAACCAAGAUUACCAGCCUAACCCCUCCGACAUCCUUGUUCGAGGCUCAACCCCUGAGCGCCCACAGAAUUACGUCAAUAUGUACCGUGACAUGGCCGCAGCAUAUGCCCUCGCCAUCCACUGGAAGGUCACUGGGGAGGAAGCAUCAGCAGAUGCGGCUGCUCGCGUCCUCGACGGCUGGAGUGCCAUUCUUACAGAUAUCUGGGGCAACUCGGACAAAUUUUUAGCCGCGGGCUUUUAUGGAUACCAGUUUGCUAAUAUCGCUGAGAUCCUUCGCAGCUACAGUAAAUGGAAGGGCCUCGAUGCAUCAAUUGAUAUGCUGCUGCGGGUAUUCUACACCAAGAACCAUUCUUUUCUUACAAAUCACAAUGACGCGGACAUCGAUAACUAUUGGGCCAACUGGGACCUCGCCAAUAUUGCGAGUAUGAUGAGCAUCGGUGCGUUGGCAGAUAAUAAAACAGUCUGGAAUGAAGCAGUCGACUAUUUCAAGAAAGGAAGUGGUAACGGCGCCAUUGAAAAGGCCAUCUGGUACCUCCAUACUGAGCAAGAUACUGGUAAGAAGCUUGGACAGAACCAAGAAGCAGGUAGAGACCAGGGCCAUGCCACGCUUGACUUUGCCAUGCUUGGUGUUAUUGCUCAGCAAGGCUAUAAUCAGGGGGACGACUUGUUCGCAUACUUGGACAACAGAAUUCUAACUGGCAUGGAGUACAUUUGCAAAUAUAAUGUCGGCGAAGAAGUUCCUUUCGCAACAUAUACCAACGCGGUUCAUGGUACUCAGACAGGGAUCAGCAACCAUAGCCGUGGUGCGAUCCGACCUAUGGCAGAACAAUUUGUUGCCCACUACGGCUCUAUCAAAGGCAAAGAUGUCAAGUGGACCAAGGCCUACCGCGACCUGGUUUUGAAGGAAAGUGGUGGAGCUGAGGGCGGUGGUGGUGACUACGGAACUACAAGUGGUGGCUAUGAUCAGUUAGGCUUCGGAACGCUUCUUUAUCGACUUGAAAAGUAG